CUGAAAUAUUAGCCAAAAAGUAUGGAAGAAAAAAAUUAUAUAUUUCAGAAAUGGCUUUUAGAUCAGAAGAGGCUAUUUGUAUUAUUGAACAAAUCGAUCGAGCUAUAAGGGUUGAUGAAUUAGGUGAAAAAAGUAGUGGUCGGGUUCAAACUGAUGAAUGUAUUCAUAUUAUUCAAGAGGACGAAUAUUAUACUAGCCUAGUUGCUGAAAUAUCUGAAUCCAAAAUAAAUAAAUUACCUUCUUGGGCUGUCUAUAAAGGUACAAUUCGUAAAUCUAGCAGUGAUAACAGUUCUAGCA